UGACUUUACUGCAGUCGAAAUGAUUCACGAACCAUUCAUGUCCACCACUCAAGCACGCAACAUAGAAUACGCCUCACUAUGUCUUUUCACUGUGGCCUCCAAGCCCCUCCUUCCCGUCAAUGCUCUCCGCCGCGCUCCUCUCAGCAUGCGGACUCAAGACCAUGACGAACAGCAGGGCAUGGGUGAAUGGCCGGAUGAGGUUCAGCAGCACCGGAAUAUUCUGUAGUGACGCUGGAUGGAUGCGCGCAAUGCCACCUGCAUCAUUUAUGCACACACACAUCCGCAUGCCUGCAUGUAUGAUGGACGGACGGAUGGAUGGUUGGUUUGCUUCUUCAACCAAGUGCCGCCGCGAGUGUGUGCCUUGCAUGGAUUCACACUCUUGCAUGUCGUUUCGGCAAAUACCAUGCGCGAAGGCUUUCUCUUCAGCUCCUCAGGCCAGGACACCACGAAUCGACCCACACGCACCCUCUGAAUAACAAAAAAUGCGGCCCCCGUGUGUACACAACGCGCCACCUCACCUGAAACGAGCAAACAAGCACAAAUGUACGCGGCUGUGAUGUGCUUUGUUCUCGAGAGCCGGUCUGAGACAGUUCCGAUGUGAUCUUUCACUACUAUACUACACUUCGUUCACCACAUCAGCCAUGCACAUGCGCGUGUCCCCUCGUCCGUCCAUCGGUCGCUGCCUCACUCAUCGCGUCGACACAUAAACAGGCAGACCACCCACUCAAUAUUCAUCUAUCGGUCACCCACUCGACACACUCACGGCCACGUCAUUUUUCAAACAGACAACCAUUCACAGCGAAAAAUUGUUGUUUCAGUAGUUCCUGCGGUCGUAUUCGGAGAAGAAGUCGCCCUCGUUAUCGGGGUUCUCCUUGCUCCAGUUGAUGAACAGGAUGCCCAGCGACAAGGGAAUGGCCGUUAUCGCCAGCAGCUGCAGCGGACUGUCCACACCCAGAGGCUGAAGCCACGAAACACACACAGGGCAAAUCCAGCCCAGCAAAUCCCUGUGUCCAUUCUCGUGUGCUCUUGUUAUGUGUACCUCUCCAGUGCCCUCCGUUGCGAGAGCGGCGAGCGGGGCAAGCAGUGGUGACACAGCGAGAGCAGCUCCGAGGUUUUUGGAGAGCUUGUCGGUCUCGGCUGACAUUCUCAGCGGCGAUGGAGCCUGACGCCGUGCUCGAAGCAAGAGCGGGUUAGUCGGGACGUAAGCUGCUGAAUCCAUGGCUUCUGCCAGCUGCGCCACGAGGCACAUGGCACACAGCAGGGUGGCGACGACGGACUUCAUCUCUGAUGGCUCCAAGGGAC